UUGGAAGCAAGCGUCUCCUCCCCUCUCGCGUCGGCAGCCUCUCUCGGUUCUCCCGGCCCGGAAAGCGCUGGAGUACGCCUGGCUUGCCGGUACGGAAGGAGGCUCGUCUAGGUGCCUCUGGGUGCCCCUGAAUCAGCAAACAUGUCCACCCCUCCCCUGGCCGGAGCAGGGAUGGCCCCCGGGCCGUUUUCAGGACCCCAAGCCCAGGCCGCUCGGGAGGUGAACACGGCUUCGCUGUGCCGCAUCGGGCAAGAGACCGUGCAGGACAUUGUGCUUCGCACCAUGGAGAUCUUCCAGCUGUUGAGGAACAUGCAGCUUCCAAACGGUGUCACCUAUCAUACAGGCACAUAUCAAGACAGAUUAGGAAAGCUUCAAGAACAUCUGCGCCAGCUUGCAAUACUUUUUAGAAAACUCAGAUUGGUCUAUGACAAAUGCAAUGAAAACUGUGCAGGACUUGAUCCUGUUCCAAUAGAGCAACUCAUUCCUUAUGUCGAGGAGGAUGGCUCUAAGCAUGAUGAUCGAGGAGCAGCCAGCCAGCUUCUCUUUGCUAGUGAAGAGAGAAGGGAGAUCAUGGAAGUGAACAAGAAACUGAAACAGAAGAAUCAACAGCUGAAGCAAAUUAUGGAUCAAUUACGGAAUCUCAUUUGGGACAUAAAUGCCAUGUUGGCAAUGAGGAACUGAAAUAUGCUUUCUCUCUUUCUCAUUAUGGCAGCUGAUACUAUUUGUUGGGCAGGGAAAUAAGUAUUUUCUGAAAACAUAAUCCUUUAUUCCUCUGCUAUUUCCCCCUCCAGUAGUACACAGCAUUUCCAAAAUACCCAAACUUCUGUACAGCCAAUGUAUAUAAAAAUGAGUGUUCUAUACAAUAUUUGCAACCGAUGUGUUAAUAUUUUUAUUAUGAAUGCUGAAAGAGUUUUUAUUAAAUGAAUGAAUUCUGUAUAAAAUUAAGCUUUAUAUUUCAGGACAGGGUGGACAUCUUGUGUGGAUUAUUUGGCAACCCACUAUUUUACCCUGAAUGGCUGGGUUUUCUUUUCAAAGUAAAACCCAAAGAACAGCUGUGUAGAAAGAGAAUAGAUCUUUGUUCUCGGCUGAAACCAUCCACCCAGUUUAGGUUUCGUUGUACAAAAAUAUAAUAAAAUACUGCUACCACA